AAUAUUCUUCAUUCCAUUAUACAUAUCAACCCCCUUUUGUCCGCAAAACAGCAACAGGGUUGCCGGUAAUGGAUAUGGAUUCAAAAGAAGGCAAGCUUUCACCAACAAGAAUACAGUACAGUCGCUACCACAAACUUGUUCAAUGCAAUCAUUUGCGGUUGUACAAGUGCUCACUGAUGUAGUUGUUGGUGUACUACAGGUUGUAGUAGUUGUGUUUGGUGUAGUAGUGGUUUUAGGCGUAGUAGUAGUUGUUGUUGGUGUACUACAGGUUGUAGUAGUUGUGUUUGGUGUAGUGGUGGUUGUAGGCGUAGUAGUAGUUGUUGUUGGUGUGGUAGUCGUGGAAGAAGUACAAGUUGUAGUAGUUCUUGUAGUAGUAGUAGUUUUUGGUGUAGUGGUGCUUGUUGUUGGAGUGGAAGAACAAGUUGUUGUAGUUACCGUAGGACUACAGGUUGUUGGCACUUGCGACAUUCCUCCAGUAGUAUAGGUUAUUAUCAAUAAAAAUUCAAAUAAAAUGGUCCUUGUCUAAUAAAAUAUCAUGCUGUAUUAUUACACUCAAAUAAUCUAUAAACUUUUAUUGACAAAUUAAAUAUACUUACAAUGGUCAUGUUGGAUAAUGGUUUCAGUAAGCUACUGGU